AUGGCAUCGGCAACUCCACUCCUGAAGGACGACAAGGCCCAGCCAGGAUGCAUCCUGGGCGUGCUAAGCGAGGGCUUCAGCCCGGAUGCGAAGCUCUCUAAAGGCGACCAGCGCGUCAGCAUGGUGCCCGAGGUGGCGGCACAGCUGAUGAAGGACGGCUACGCCGUGCACGUGGAGAAAGGCGCCGGUCUCUAUGCAGGCUUCUCUGACAAGGCAUACGCGGACAAGGGCUGCGUGGUGGCCAGCAGGGGAGACGUGAUCGACAAGUCUCAGGUCCUCUUUGCUCUGGAUGCGCCCGUGCAGGACUUUUCGACCAUGAAUUGCAAGGUUUUGGUCUCAUGGGUCGGCAGAUUGCAAGACAAGGGCAAGGAGAUCAUCAGCAAGGCGAACCAGUACCGCAUCACCAUCGUGGAUGUCACAGCCGUACCCCGCAUCACCAUCGCCCAGAAGCUGGACGUGCUCAGCUCCCAGGCGAAGGUGGCAGGGCACCGGGCUGUGCUGGAAGCCGCUCACUCCUACCAGCGGUUCCACACCGCUGAGAUGACUGCAGCCGGCAAGUACCCGCCCGCCCAAACUUUCGUCUUGGGCUGCGGCGUGGCUGGCUUGGCGGCCAUUGGAACGAGUAAGGCGCUGGGGUCCGUGGUUCGGGCCUGGGACGUGCGCGACGUUUCGGACCAGGUGCACUCCAUGGGUGCCAAGUGGGUGAAGGUGGACUUCAAGGAGAGCGGGGAGGGCCAGGGAGGCUACGCCAAGGAGUCCUCGGACGCCUUCAAGAAGGUGCAGCAGGAGACCUUCAAGCAGGUGCUCAAGGAGUGCGACAUCGCCAUCAGCACCGCGGCCAUCCCAGGGAGGCCCAGCCCUCUGCUGAUCACCAAGGAUGCCGUGGCCGUGAUGAAGCCCGGGAGUGUGAUCGUGGACUUGGCGGCCGUGGGCGGUGGCAACUGUGAGCUGACGAAGCUGAACGAGACCAUCAUCACGCCGAAUGGCGUCACCAUCAUCGGCUAUGCCAACCUCCCUGCGCGCAUGCCCGAGCAGGCCAGCGCCAUGUACGCCCAGAAUAUGGCGAACCUGCUGAAGCACAUUCACGACAAAGGCAAGGCAGCCGCCCUGCUGGAUAACCUCUACGGGGCACUGGACAAGGGCGAGGCAGGGCUGGGGAAGUCCUUGGUGGGUGUUAGGGAUUACAGGGUCUUAGGCUUCACAGGGUUGUAG